CGACAAGGUUCAAAAGUCCCGUCGCAUUUUUUCCGACAACGACGACGAAUGGACGCCGAACUCCGCGCACUGUUUGAGCGCUUGGACAAAAACCACGAUGGGUUCUUGUGUGUGGACGAUCUUUCCAAGGCCACACGAAGACUUCCACUCAUGGCGGCGUGGCAGUUAGUUGCUGAGAUGGACAAGACAGGCGAUGGCUUUGUGUUCUUAUCAGAGUUCCUUGCGACCAUGCCUCGCCUGUUGACCACUAAUGACGACGACCCGUUCAGUUGGGCAGGCAUUUGGAACUCACAUCGAACCAGGGGCCACCAUGACGACAUGGACUCUACAUCAGCGUCACUUCCUCCUCCGCUGAAGCGACCAGCGUCUCCAUCACAUUCAGUCCAAGUGGAAAAGAAAGCCAACGUGGGCAUGGCACGAAAAUCCGCGUCGAAACUGGGCAUGUUUCUGACUCAAGUGCCUCCAAAUGAAGUGCAAGUUCGCCUCUCUCAGUCGUUUGUGGCGGGCAAAGCGGAGUCGCCGGACGAUACGGCGACGCUGAUUGGUCAACCGCCCAACGAGGAGCCGUUCGAGUCCCCGAAACGGAUGGCCCGGGAAUGCAUCAGUCCGCCAAGCGACAUCCCCCACGAAAAUCCCUUGGACCCUGAACAACUGAACCUGCCGUCGGACGAAUUUCAAGUGGCCAGACCCCAGCCAGAAUCGUUAGUCCAAGUCCAUGGCAUCCCCUCAGUCGACGCGUCAGCCAACGCCUCGGCGGAUUGUUCAUCCCCCAUCUCGCCCCCCGUCGAUCCUUCCAGUACUACAACUACACUCCAACCCGGAGACAACACCAUCGGCAGUGUCAAGGCGGCCAUAGUGCUAUGCCUCGACUCGAUCAAACGAGCGUGUGCCACGUACGCGGACGACGACCUUUCAAACGCCCGCCAGUUGUUGGCCGCGUUAGCAGAUGCCAAAGCCGCGAUGGCCGUGCGUCACAUCCCCCAGUUCUUGGGCGCCGCCGUGAAAUCGUUCGACAAGGCGCGGCUGUCGAUGGUGGCGGACGCUGAAAAGGCCUACAACUUUGUGUCCAUUCAGCAUGUGGAGCAAGCGAUGAAGAUUCGAGCGUUCCGCAAAACGGUGCUGCCGCAAGUGUUUCCAAACCCCCCAGACAACCCCAAGCAAGUGCUGGCUGACCUGUUUCCAGACAUUGUCGCAGAUACCAUCGACCAAAUGUUUGACGCGUGUGCGAACGACCUGCACAGUUGCUUUGAAGUGCUCUGCGGACUGUCUGACUACUCGACGCUGGACACGUCACUGUCACCGAAAGCGUCGUACCUUCGCCGACAACGUGGGAAACUGCCGUCGACUGGUCCAGAGGGCGACCUUAAGCCCGACGACGACUUGCAUGCGCCGCUGUUUGAGGUCAAAGGCUACCAGAAGCCAAAGAAACUGAACCGGUCGAUGGUGUCGUCCGAGCCAGUUGCUGCGUCCAGAGGAUUGGAUGAUUGCCAGUUCUUUAGCAUGCCACCGCCACUCGACGACGGGACGGACACGUGGCCGCCCCUGACGCCCGGCGAGGCCACCGAGGCCUUUGCUGCGUUUGAGACUGCGCAGAACAUGCCUGAAAUCCUCUUGGCGUGGCAAAAAUUCAACGUUAAUCGGUCUACGGUCCAUCACACGAACGUGUAUUCGCAUUUGAAGAGCCAUUUGCUGCCAUCGCUUUCGUUUCUCCACGUGCGUAUCUUUGACAUUCUCGACGAAAAGCGACAAGAAACGCCUUUUUAUGCCCAACACCCCGCACGAUCUAGACGUGUGCUGAUUGUCGGAGGGGGACCAGUGGGCUUGCGGACUGCGAUUGAAGUGGCGCUUCUGGGCGGAGAUGCCAUUGUCGUUGAAAAGCGAGCGAAUUUCAAUCGUGAAAAUAUUUUGCAUCUCUUUCCAUGGGUGGUCCACGACCUCACCAAGCUUGGCGCCAAGGUCUUUUAUCGUCGGUUUUGCAUGUCGUCGUCACAUUUGCAUAUUGGGACUCGUCAAUUGCAAUGCAUUUUGCUCAAAGUGGCGUUGAUGGUAGGGGUCACAGUGUUUGACCAGACAUCGUUCGAAGCGAUCGACGAGGACGGCGACGGAUACGUGAUCCGCACGAACCCCCCGCUUCCGGACCCGUGCCGGCGCGUGAGUGCGCUGGUGGGGGCCGGCGGCAACCGCGACACGAUCGGGCACUUGGUCGAUAUUGGGCGCAAGUCAUUUUCCCCGAGUCCGGCUGUGGGGGCCGUGGUGAUCUUUCCCAAUCGACGCACCAAGGCCGAGGUGACACUUCGCCAGUUUUCAUGGGCCAAGCAGUACAACCAGGACAUGUUUGCCGCACUCAAGGCGGACCUUGGCGUGGAUGUGGAGAACGUCGUGUACUACAGAGACGAAGUGCACUACGUUGUCAUGACGCCCAAAAAGGCCAGUUUGAUUGACGCGGGGGUGCUGGAGACCAAGGAACUGGACUCGGUCAACAGCGACGCCCUGCAGCUGUACGUGCGAAAGGUGCUCGCGUUUCUGCAAAUUCCCGCACCCGACGACGAUCAGCUGGACGCGCAACUGUUUGACUUUAGCCAGACCCGUCGCGCCGAAAAGGCGGCAGUGGUGCUGCAUCAUCACGCCAAGAGCAAACUGUUGGUGGCGCUCGUGGGCGAUGCGCUGCUUGAGCCAUUUUGGCCCCAGGGACUGGGAAUCAACCGGGGGUUCCUCAGCGCCCUCGACACGGCGUUUGCCGUCGCGCGACUGGACAAAGCAGACGACCAGACGCUCCUGGCAGACCACGACAAGCAUUACAAAGCGUGCACCGGGCUCCGACUUCGGGCAAACAUCCGGAGCUUCAACGUCGACCCUGCCUCCCGAUACAAAACAUAACGAUGAAAUAGUCUUUUAUUAUACUA